UAGACUGACAACACGCUCCAACUUACUCUUCCAAUAUGGCGAACCCGAGGAAAUUUGCCGAGAAAAUUGCCUUGCACAACCAGAAACAGGAAGAGGGAACGCGUGCUUUCGAACAGAUUAUGAAAGAGGUUUCCAUACUUGAGCCUACCAAAAAGCCCCAACACCAGCAGAUGCAACAACAGUACUUUGGAGGAUCGUUGCCAAAUGUGAACAUCAGUCUAGCGCAUGCACACCGAUUAGACCUACAGACCGCGUUAGAUAGUCUGGAUCGUCUCACAGGGUUGCAUCACAGCGUUGGUGAUCGUAUGCCUAUAAGUCAUAAACAACGGUUCCAAGGCGGCCGAACUCAAUUUAACCCGAACAAUCGUUUUCGGGGAAUAGACACAUCACCCUACCAUGUGUCUGGUUGCCAUUUAUCACCUCCUCAAGAUCGGUAUUCGCAAGAUCAAGGUUGGCGAGAUAGAAGAAUUGCAUCUGAUUCUGCUCUCCAUGAUAGUGUUGUCCGUGCAGAGGUGAAACCCAAAGAAAAAACAUUGCCAUCCCAUGAAAGAAAGGUUCGCAGUCCAUCUAGACCAAAGUCUUGUGAAGUGCCUGGAAUGACUUUCCCAGCAGAACAUGUAUCACAGACAGGCCCCAACUUACCAAUAGCCACUGCCAGUACAGGUGGUUCUCUUCCAGAUCUCACAAACCUGAAUAUUAUUCCCUCUCCACUGAUAACACCCCUUGACAAUGAUGAACAUGUGAAUCAAGCCUUGUCUUCAACCCAGCUUCAAAUGUCACAAAGACAGAGUCCUGUUCGACGGCCAGUAGCAAAUCAGCAGCAAAUGAGGAAACCACAAUACACUGACCAAAUACCAUUAAUGGAUGCCAAUCUACGGCCUCUUGAAAGCAGGUUGCAACAAUUCCAGUUUUAUCCUCAGAAUAACGAUUUCGGUUCACAUGGAGGCUCAGCAACUACUACAAGUGCUUCACCAACACUUUCCCCUACAUCAUCAGCACCUAUGACUCCACUCUUUGGUAGCCUUCCCACUAGUCCACUGUCAUCAUUUAAUCCUGAGCUCUACUUUAAACAGCAACAACAGCAGCAAUCAAAUACACAAGCUUUACAACAACAACAACUAGAACAAUUUUCUAUGCAUCGCCCAGUGGCAGUAGGAGGGAUGUUGAAUUCUUCAAUGCAACUGCCCUUCCAAACUUUGUUGGCACAAACACCAACUACUAUUCCAGGUCAGGGAAUGCCUAGCUUAGCACAUUUUUAUGGUCCAGGCCAUGCAAGGGUACCAGAUUUAAUUGUGACUGGUUCAGAUGAUGACGGAGUCAAAUCAGACUUUGCAAAAGAUCUUAGUACAGCCAUGGGCCAUAUUGGUGGUGAUGAUUCUGGCGAUAUGUAUGCCCCUGAUGAUCCAUUACAAAAAGUUGUGCUUGAUCCAUUGGACAUGGAAGGCUUUCAAAUGUUGUCUGGCCAGGAUUCAGAGCUCACUGAUGCUGCAACUGAAGAUCAGUUUCGUCUGGACCGCCUUGGAGCUACAAGAUUACAUUAACAAUGGAAAAAAUACUUCUUAAAGAAAGAUGCUGUAUGUUUGCCUUGAAUCAGCAAGGAAGAUAAUAGAGUGCUUCACAUUUCCAUGUGGAAUUGCUGUAGUAAUGUCAUUAUUGUGGUGACCUGUUUUUAUCCUGCGGGUAACUUAUUUUUUAAUGUACAUGUAUAUCAAUUAAUCAAUGAAAAUGCCAUGCUAUGUAAAGUUAAAUAGGUUCUAACUAGUAUUUUAUUCAGGGUUAAAAGUAAAAAGCAAUAAGAUGGUCCUAACCAAAACACAACCCUUUUGUAUUCAUAAUUGAUAACAUAUGUGUAUCAUAGAGCAAAUGGAGUUAUGUAUUCCAAAGGAGUUCUUUCUUCUGCCACAGAACAACUGCCUAUCUGCAGCAUCUGUACAUGCAUUAUGUAACAAUGUAUAAUUUAUAUGUGGGAAUGCUAACAGUUUCACUGUAAAGAUUUAUUUUAACCAGAGACAUUAUAACAAACAUGUUUCCAAAAAAGCCAUUCUUGUUAACUGGUACUCCAAGGAAAAGCUAAUCAGUUAAGAUAAUGGAAAAGUAACACCUAGUCCAAGUCAACAUGUUAACCCUUUGUUCACCUACUGCUGGAAUUGGCAGCUUGUCUGUGGUUUUCAGACAGUCUGCGCAUUUGAAGAUGGGCAAUGGAAAUACCAAAUGAGCUUUUUCAUGUGUAAAAAAUGACUGAUGUCAGUAACAUGGAGGGUACGUGUACAUCUCAGAUACCCAUAGGGGGCUUGAAAUCUCUGUCCAUAGUUUGGAUUGAUAUAUUAUAAAUUGCAAUUUUGCUUCAAAUUUUCCUGGGCAUUUUGGCGGUCAAGAAUACAUGAAACUUGGUUACCUUUUCAUUUUGUAAAAUAUCAGUGUGUGGACUUUGUGUUUUACAUAUCAGAUGGUAUUAAAGAAUUCAUGAACACCAAAUUAUCAUUUCUUUCAAUGCUAAUAGAGUACUCAUUUGUCCAUUACUUCCACUUGAGUUGGUUAAAAAUGAUACCAAAAAAAAUGUCUUUGACCAAAUUACCAUCUAAUGAGUUAGCUACUCAUGAGAAAUAGUAUAUUUUAAACUUGAUUGCAGAACAAAGAAGGUGCUAUUCAUUUCAGCAAACAAUAACUUUCUCAAGCCUCAAAUGGUGUGCUUAUGAUUAACAUGUGUGAAAUUUCAGAUUAUUUAGUGCUGAUGGUGGACUGAACGUGGAUGUCUGAGAAGAGUUCGAUUGUCACUAAUUAGUAUUUUGCAAAUGUUUCACGGUUCUUGCUUAAAAGAUAGUGUGGUUAUUUUGUGAUCAUUUGGUGAUUUUCAUAGUUAAAGAUGCUAGUUAAUUUUUUGCAUGAAGUAUUUGCUAGAAGGGGUCGUAGAUACUAAGUACAGGAAUGUGAAAAAGAAAGAGUAAGACUCGUAACUAAUAAGUAAUUCAGGUAUAAUGCUUUUCCCAUCCCAUUUCAUUGUGAUACGUUUAUAAUUAUUCUGGCACAUCCUGACAUUGCUGUGUUUUAUCUGACAUAAGAGAUUAGUCAUUAUUAGGUAACUUACAUUUACUGAUGGUGAAGUAGAAGUCCUGGCUUGUCACGCCUAACCCAAACCAUUCAAUUUGUCACAGUUUCCUGUGUAUAGUGAGGGAUACCACCAUAAAAAGCCUUUGACUCGGCUUGUAAAUAAUGUACAUUUCUGUAUCCAUCAAAUAUUGGCUAAAUAGUUGAAAAUAUAUUAGUUUCAUAUAUGAAAGACCACGGGAAAUUAUCAUUGUCACAUGAAACAGUUCGGUUUGUGGCUAGUUGAGAUACGCAUGUUAACCAUUUGAAGCCAUGUCCCAGCGUAACAGAUCUGACAUGGUUUUAGGUGGUGUGGUGGAUACCUCCCUAUUCUGAAUAUUAUUUUAACGUUAUUUUUGUGAUAAAAAUCCAGUAAUAACUUAAGUCAGUUAGGCAAAGCUAGGCUUUCUUACGUACUAAGUGAGCAGAUCUAAGAGAAGUGAAGUAUUUAAACAGUAGGACACAUACUUAACUGAUAUCGAAUUUGUCCUGGAGUAACAUUAAAAAGUCACAAUUUA